CCGUGAUCACGUGAUUCCCGCCGCAUCUGACGGAGAGCAGACUGAAGGAGAGCUUCUCAUUCCUCACCAGAUCUGAAGAUUAUCUGAUAGAGUUUACAUCGCAGACAGCAGAAACGCAAUCUUUAAUGGGACUAGCCUGUGUAACGUCUGAAUAUGAUGCGCUUUAUCGUGGACUGUCUGCGGCCGGCGAGAACGCGCGCUGCAGCAGCGCAGAGGGACUCCUUGGAGCUCCAGGCUCAGGUGAAGGACUCUUCUGACAACAUUGAAAUCAAGGAGCUGAAGGAUGCAGUGCAGACGGAGGAGGAAACCCUUCAGAGGGUCAAGACUUUGUGCUGUGAGACACAAGAGGAUGUGGAGAGGCUGGAGGAGAAGAAGACACAACUGAGUGAUCAGCUGAAGAUUAUGGAGAAUCUUGAGAAGCAAGAAAGAAAAGUGUUGCAGUCAUUGCAGGAGGAGCAGCAGGAGUUGGAACAGACGAUACAGCAGUAUGACGUGAAGCUGCGAGCAGUGAGUGAAAGUGUCCUGCAGCUCCAGAUGGAAGUGGACUGUGCCAAAGCACAUUCAGAAAACAUUCAUGAGCGCAUCGCUCCACUGCAGGACUCAUUUGACGAGAUCUUACAGGUUAAAAUGAAGCUUGACGAGUUGGUUGCUGGCUUCAUGACAGAUGAACGUUCAGUGACAGAGAUACCAGAGGAAGCGACGUGUGAAAACGUGGAGAACGACUUUGAUCGUGUUCACCAAGAAGAGAUCAGGUCCGAGCAGGAAAUAGAGGAAGUGAAACUGGAGAGAUCUGUAGAUACACAAUGUUCAGCUGACAACUUGAAAAGCAGCGGCUCGUCGUCUUUUACAGAGAUCACAUUGACUGAAGUCAAGGAGGAAGAUGUGAUGUUCAGAUCAGCCACUUCACAGUUGGAAUCUUUUGAUAUGGAGGAGGAAGAUUUUGAGAUGGUUCAGCACAGCCAGACGACAAACAGACAGUUUGAUUUCUUUCGUCCAAAUCCCUUCACUGAUGGGGAUGUUUUUGGAGAUGACCAUUUUCAAAAGUCUGAUGUGACAGAACAUUUACCAAGGGACCCAUUUAAAGGCACAGAUCCUUUUGCCUCCGACACGCUCUUUGUUGACAUGCCAGAGGUAAAGUGCUGUCAGGAUAGCUUCAUCACUGCAGAACAGAGUCUUCCCGAAACUGUGCACUGCCCUCUCCAGUCCGUUGGUAAAGACAGAGACUAUGGUACCUUCAACACUCCUAUCAACCUACCACUAGAUGCUCAGUCCCGAUGUUCCCCUGAAAGGCUUGUUCGCCAUGUGUCCGUGCCCACUGAAAGUAAAAGUCUGAGGUCUCGCAGUAAUACCUGUCCUGAGGUUGAAACAAACACAAGCCCGGGUCAAACUCAUGAUGCAGUGCAAGCAAAUCCGUCAGUUGAAACUGUUAGCACAGCGCAUGAUAAAGAGCGUGUCUACAGUCACAGUUCUUCAGAGUUUGAUUCCUUUGAGGCUGACUACAGUACAUUUGCUGCAGUUGAAGAGGAGGAGGACAGGAUCCAGUCGGGAUCUCUGUGUGGUCUGCAGAAGAUCAUCGCAGGCUCCUAUACUGACUUUCCUCUUAGUCCAUGUGACCCUGAUCCACAUCCAGACACAAGAGACACUGACAAGACUUUUGGAUGUCCGUGUAUGAUCACUGUUGAAAAAAGUGCUGAUUGCUGUCAUUCUGAACUUGAAAAUGGUGAGAAGGAUCUUAAUAAUCCAGAUGGCUCAUGUGAAGUAUCACAUGGUAUAAAGAGUGAAACCUCUGACCAUUGCUCUGCUUUAGAUGCAUAUGACUACAAAUAUGGAGAUAUGUUCUUUUUCACAGUCCGAUUAGACCCUGGUAGCCCUGAGUUACAUAAUCCCAAUCCAGUUUGUCCAGAGGACAAGGAUGAAAAGAAAUGUGCGAAUCAGAUGAUUUGGAAUGAAAAUUCUUUGAGCCCUGAAUUCAAUGACACAGAUCAAUUUAAAUGUUGUGCCACUGAGCCUGAAAACACCAACCAAGUAGAGACGGAGAUUGCGACUGACAGUCUUUGUGCUAAUGACAGUGAACCAUGUGGGAGUUUACAUAUUCUUACGCUUGAGGAUCCAAAUGCUUGCGAAAGCUUGAUUCAUUCAGAGGCUAAUGAUCCAAAUCCAGCGAUACACAUUCUUGAUUCAUCGGUCGAGGAUACGGAAUGUGGUUCACCUUUAAAAUCUACACUUCAAGACCUCUUUGCAUCUGCUGACCAGCUUUGUGCUCGUGAGAACCUUGAGUCCAGUCAUUCAGCACAGCUUGACUCCCAUUGCUGUGAAAGGUUGACCGUCAGCAAAUCUGAGCUCCACUAUUUUGACCCAUUUAGUCCCAUAUCCACUGAGUCAGCUGACUGUGAAUCUGAAUUUGAAGAAAUGAACGCCAUAAACUGUCAUGAUGCUUCGAGACUUGAUUCUGGGUUCCAUGAGGUCGAUACGCCCACAGCUGUUCAUCAAGACCCUGUUGACACACGCAGAUAUAGUUUUGCUCUUCAAGACCCAUGUUUGGAAACAAGCAAAGAGAGCAACUGUGAAUUCCACAAUGCUGAUCCGUUUAGUCCAAAAUCUAUUGACACAGGAAUAUUUGACUCUGAAAUUGAAAACUACGAGUCAGAUUAUGUGAUGAGUUACUGUCAAUCCUUCAGUCCUCAGCAAGAUUACAUAGAUUUGAGCCAUUCUGAUGAGAAGGCGAUGACUUUCUUCAAUAUUGUAUCCUGUGAGGUGCUGAGUGAUGAUCACAGUGGCUCCGAACCUGAUGAUUACUCCUUCGGUCCUCUUCCACAUAACAGAGGAAGCAGUAAUGAUGAAAGUAAUGAAAGAAAUGUAAGGCCUGAAUUAAGCAGAGACAAAUCUCCAUCUUGUGGAGAAACCAAACCUAUCUUAAUGGCAUCAAACGCUUAUUCAAAGUCUGUGUGGAAAACCUCUGAAGCCAACCCUGAGAUGUGUAUUGCAACCGCUGUCGACUUCUCUGUAUCCAAACCAGCUGAAGAUGUUAAAAAUCACACUGUCAAUGUUUCCAAAAUGUCUGACCUUGCUGAUAUUGACUAUUUUUGUUCUGAGCUCAGUAAAAUGGUGUCCUCAGGUUCCUCUGAUUCUGUACAGCAAAGUGUAACAGAAAUGUUAUUUGGCUCUGAUCCAAACACUUCAAGCUUUUACCCCUGGGAUUUUGAAAAGCAGCAGCAAAGUUCUUAGUUUUUCACAUGUGCUGUCUGUUGGCUACAUUAACAUCAGGAUUCUCCAUUAUUGUAUGAAGUCACUCGAAGACGCAUGAAGUGUUUCGGUGUAAAACCGUCCCGUGUCAAUUGGACUUUAGAUCUCAGAAUAAUUUACGGUGGUGUUCCCUUCAUCUUAUUUUUACUAAAUGUGUACAUCUUAUUUUUACUUUCCGGUAUUAUAAAUGUGUGUUGUAGCCAAAUACUCACUGCUGAUAUGUAGCAAAAUAAAUAAAUAUAUAACAUUUCAAUUCCUCUGA